AUGAAGGCUUGGAAGCUACAAGAAUGUAUCGCUCAUUCUCCAGGCGCGGUUACUGCGGCAACUUUAGGCCGUAAAUCUGGUCGAGUAAUGGCCACUGGAGGAGAAGAUCGCCGCUUGAAACUGUGGGCUGUUGGAAAACCUUCUUGUAUCUUAAGUUUGACGGGGCAUACAUCAUCCAUAGAAGCUUCUGAAUUUAGUCAGGAGGAAGAUCGAGUGGCAGCUGGGUCUUUAUCGGGUUCUGUCCGUAUUUGGGAUUUGGAGGAAGUUAAGAUUGUUCGAGCCUUGUCUGGUCACACAUCAGCUAUCAAAACUUUGGACUUUCAUCCAUAUGGUAACUUUGUAGCCUCAGGCUCUAUGGAUACCCUUGUAAAGCUGUGGGAUGUAUCUCGUAAAGGCUGCAUUAAUACUUACCGGGGUCAUACUGGUUCUGUUAACAUGAUUCGCUUUUCUCCUGAUGGGAAAUGGAUUGUUUCUGCUGGAGAGGAUGGAAUAAUUAAACUUUGGGAUUUAUCAGCUGGUCGACAGUUGGCCGAAUUAGUUGGCCAUACUGGACCUGUUGUUGCAGUUACAUUUCAUCCUACUGUUCUUCUGCUUGCAACUGCCUCAGCUGAUCAUACUGUCCGUUUGUAUGACUUGGAAAAUUUCACACAAGUUGCCGUCAGUGGGUCAGAAUUAAACGCCACCAAUGUGAGACGUAUUGCAUUUCAUCCGGAUGGCGUGUGUUUGUAUGUGGCUACAAACGAUUAUCUCAGAAUAUAUGAUUACGAGAAUAUGUCUUGCCUAGAAACUGUACACGUUGGUUGGCGUGCUGGUGGGGGUCUGGACGAUAUGGCUGUUGCUCCAAGUUUCAAUCAACUUGUCGGUGUGUGUAUCUCAAAUUCACUAAUUACUACUUAUGUUGUGGAUGUGAAGUCUUGUAUACCAUUCACCACAAAUUAUUCAGAUAAUAUUUUCGAGUCAAAUAAGGACGUAUGUGCACAGUCAACUCAGUUGAUUACCACCUGUGUGAAUACAUCAGCUAAUUACAAUCAUAAUGACAAUAGUAACAGCAUUCCUACUAUCCAUUCUGUACAACAGAUAUGUGGUAAUAGUAAUCUUGUCAAUUAUAUGCAAAGUAAUGAACGUCCAUUUACUCGCUGUGGUUCAUCUGCAUCAAAAGUUUUAAGUUCUAUAGGACGUAAAAGUUUCUGCCUUGUCGCUGAGGAAAAUCUUCAAAAUGUUAUGAGUGAGGAUCCUGACGAUCCUGAUGCACAUUUACCUUAUCAACCUACAACUGAGGAUAGCGAAUCGCUCAAUGCAGCUGAUAUAAAUGAUCCAGAUGAAUAUGAUAGGGUAUUUAAACCACAUCACACAGUCCCACGUAGUCCUUCUCAAGUAAGGGCUAUAACUUCUAGAAGAAAUGUUUCAAAUGAAUAUGGAACUGACCCAACCACAAAGCUAAAUUUCAGUCUCCCUCCUUCAUCACCAAACAUUGUGAAUCCCACAACCCGUGAAGCAAAAUGUGUCCAAUCAAAUAUCCUAUCAGACAGAUUCACUUCAGAUAAACCAUUUACACCUCCGAGUACCACUUCAGCUUGCAUGUCCAGAAGACCUCAUCAGACUACUAUCUCACAAGCUGCUCGAAUAAUUUCCGAUUCUUCAUGCCCACUGGAAGCAAUUGAAGUGGAAGAUUUCUUACCUCAUUCACUGCCGACUAUGAUGGACUUAGCAUUGAAUCCAGUUCUUCAAAAUAUAAAAAAUCAGACACAUGAUAAAUCUGGGAGCCUUCAUGAACCAUCAGAAGCAGAAUUGUUAUUGCGAAUUCGUAAACCUCAUGAUCCUUUCGUGAAAGUUAUGUCAUCACGUGUUAAAGGCUUGUCAACUGUUCGUGUGAUGUGGAGUCCAGAUAGUGUGAAAACAGCUGUUGAGUCUGCAUUAAUGAUGAAUGAUACCGCAAUUUUAGUCGAUGUCCUUGGGAUAUUGGCAAAAAACAGCAAAUAUUGGAAUUUGGAUCUAGUCAGCUUUCUACUGCCUCAAUUGGUAGGGUUAAUUCACAGUAAAUAUACCACUCAUGUUGAAACAACUUGUCAAAUAGUUCGUGUAAUAAUCAAAAAUUUCGCCCCGGUAAUUCGCCAAACUAUCGAAGGCCCAGCUCCACCUGGAGUAGACUUGAUGCGAGAAGAAAGACGUCGAAAAUGUCAAGAAUGCUUGUCCCAUUUACUUACAAUUCGUUCAGCGUUGGGUACUAAAGAGGUAGCGAGUAAAGCUGGUCAAUGCGGUCGUGAAUUAAAUGUGAUGUUUCAACUGCUAGUAUGA